CCCCAGGCAGGGAGCAGCGGCCCAGGACUCCGGUGUGUCCAGGUAAAAGUGUAGGGAGGGGCCAAAAGCCUCAGCUGCCUGGAAGACUCUGCUGGGGACACCUGGGGACAGCACUCAGCUAGCUGGGCCCUCUGUGCUCACCCCAGGAUCUGCCACCUGCCACCUGCGGCUCACUGACACCUACCUGGAACGAUGGUUGGCCCCUUGACCCUUGGCCUCCUCUGUGGCUUGCUGGCAGCCACCUUGGCUGAAGCCACCCUCAGCCCUCCUGCAGUCCUCAGCCUUGGCCCAGAAGUCAUCAAGGAACAGCUGACGCAGAAGCUGGAGGACCACAACGUCGCCACCAUCCUGCAGCAGCUGCCGCUGCUCAGCGCUAUGCGGAAGAGGUCAGCUGGUGGGGAGAUCCCACUGCUGAGCAGCCUGGUGGACACCAUCCUGAAAUAUAUCAUCUGGCUGAGGGUCACCUCUGCUAGCAUCCUCCAGCUGCAGGUCCAACCCUCAACCUAUUACCAAGAGAUGCUGGUCAGGGUCCCCCUGAACAUGGUGGCCGGACUCAACACGCCCCUGGUCAAGACCAUCGUGGAGUUCCAGAUGGAGUCCGAAGCACAAGCCUUGGUGAGAGUGGAGAGGAGCAACAGCAUGCCCAGCCGCCUCGUCCUCAGCGAGUGCUUCAGCAGCGGCAGCAGCCUGCGCAUCCACCUGCUCCACAGGCUCUCCUUCUUGGUCAACCCCCUAGCGAAAAAAGUCAUGAACCUCCUGGUGCCAGCCCUGCCGGAACUGGUGAAAACAGAGCUAUGUCCUGUGAUCAAGGCUGCCUUUGACGACAUGUAUGCAGACUUCCUGCGGCUGGCGAGGAUGCCCAUUCCCCUCAGUCCUGGAGGCCUGGAGUUUGACCCUUUGUCUCUUGCCAUUGAGGAAAAUGUCAUCCAGCUCAACCUGGAGGCCAAGGUGCUUGACUCAAAGGGCCGGGUGACCACAAGGUUCAACAGCUCAGAGAUGACCCUGAUGGUGCCCAACCUGGGCAACACCCCUUUCAGCUUCGUCGUGCGGCAGGACGUGGUGAAUGCUGUGGUAGCUGCCUUGCUGCCUUCGGAAAAAUUUGUGAUUCUGCUGUUUUAUGUGCUUCCAGAUGUGGCCCAGGAGCUGAAGUUGAGCCUUGAGAAGAUCAGUAAACAGGUUGCAGAUAGGCUGGACAACACCCAGAUAGUGAAGAUGGUAACUCAGGAUGUUCCCUACCUCCACCUGGCCCCCGGCAGCACCAAGGCAGCCCAGGAAAUCGUCAUGGAUAUUUUCGCCACAGAAAGAGACCUCCACCCCCUCUUCACCCUGGGCAUUGAAGCCACAUCAGAAGUGCAGUUUGACAAUAAUGAUGAUCGUCUUACACUCAACUUCAAUGACAUCAGUUCUGAUCGGAUCCAACUUAUGAACUCGGACAUUGGCAUAUUCAAUCCUGAACUUCUGAAAGAUGUCAUCACCAGGAUCCUCACUCUUCAGCUGCUGCCAAACCAGAACAGCAAAUUGAGAACUGGGAUACCUGUGUCAAUUGUGAAGGCCUUGGGAUACGAGGCAGCUAGCUGGUCUGUAGCCCAGGAUACCCUCAUGCUGACACCAGAUUUAGACUUCUACUAGACCCGGAAUCUCUGCUCCCCAGGGACAACUUGGAUGGUGGCCACCCAGCACCCGCCCGAUCACAGCUGAGAGUGUGGGAGCAAGCACUGCGCGCCGUUCCUCUCUGCAAUUAAUAAACAUUUGCCUGCGGCUCCUUCA